AUGAAUAAAUAAGAAAUUGAUUAUAUUAACAAAUCUCAUGAAAAGUUCACUUAAUUUAUUUAAGUUCACUAAAUCUUAGAUGAUGAAAUAAGGAAAUUAGAAUUAAGAUAAUUAUAUAAUUAACCUAUUCAAUUAGAUAGUGAAGAUUAAAAAAAAGAAAUCAAAAAGAUGAUGGAUUAAUUUGAAAAGGAAAAAUAAGAUUUAGAAAAAUAAAUAAAGGAAUUAAAUCACAAAAAAUCAGGAUUAGUUCCUAUCUAUGAAACUAUUCAUGAUUAAAAAUUUCCCUGUGAUGUUUUUGGUAUUAUUGAAAUAUCUGAUGAUGAAUAAUAUUGA